AACCAGAGUCCCGACCCAGUCGUUGGUUGUCCAAUCAUGUAGACACAAGACACACCAAGGUCUUGUAAGGUUUGUCGUCUUUUCCGUUCGAGUAAUUGUGUUAGCGUUCGAGUCAUAAAAAAUGUCUUCGGGGGCCUUAUUUCCAAGUUUGGUGUCUGGGUCACGUGGUUCAUCCAGCAAAUACCUGGUGGAGUUCCGUGCUGGGAAAAUGAGCUUAAAAGGAAGCAUUGUGACCCCUGACAAACGCAAAGGUCAAGUCUACAUUCAGCAGACUGACGACUCACUUAUUCACUUCUGCUGGAAGGACAGGACAUCUGGGAAUGUGGAAGAUGAUUUAAUUAUUUUUCCGGAUGACUGCGAGUUCAAGAAAGUCAGUCAGUGCACAACAGGCCGUGUCUUUGUGCUGAAGUUUAAAGCAGGCUCCAAGCGGCUCUUCUUUUGGAUGCAGGAACCUAAAACGGAUAAAGAUGAUGAGUACUGCAGGAAAGUAAAUGAGUACUUGAAUAACCCACCCAUACCUGGUUCCCUUGGUGGUGGAGGCAGCAGUCAUGAGCUUUCAGCUUUAGGAGGUGAAGGUGGCCUGCAGAGUCUUCUGGGUAAUGUGAGUCAUAAUCAAUUGAUGCAGCUGAUAGGACCAACUGGACUUGGUGGACUUGGAGGACUUGGGGCUUUAGCUGGACCAGGACUUGCCAGCCUGCUGGGAGGCAGUGUUCCAGCAACCAGCAGUUCAUCUUCCAGCUCGCGCAGUCAGUCCACGGCUGUCACCCCUUCUUCCACAUCAGCAGCUACCCGCAUCAACUCCUCUCAAGCUCCAACCACUCCCACUACCCCUUCAGCUACCACUGGAGCCUCACCUGUGACCACACCUACCACUCCUGCAGCCCCUGCUCCGUCUGCUGGGGCUGCUAGCCCCACCCAGCCUAUCCAGCUCAGUGACUUGCAGAAUAUCCUGGCAACCAUGAAUGUUCCUGCAACUGGGCAAGGAGUUGAUCUUGCCAGUGUAGUAACACCAGAGGUCAUGGCACCGAUCUUGGCAAAUGCAGAGAUUCAGCAGAGGCUGCUUCCCUUCCUUCCAUCUGGAGAAUCUCUUCCUCAAAGCACCGAUGAACUCCAUAACACGCUCACCUCACCACAAUUUCAGCAGGCUAUGAGUUUGUUUAGCAGUGCUUUAGCAUCAGGACAGUUAGGACCCCUGAUGAAUCAGUUCGGGUUGCCCUCAGAAGCUGUAGAUGCAGCCAACAAAGGAGAUGUAGAAGCAUUUGCCAAGGCUAUGGAAGGUGAAGCUAAAACCGAGCAAGAAGGAAAACCUAAAGACAAGAAAGACGAUGAGGAAGACAUGAGCCUCGAUUAGUUGAACCUUGAUUUGUGUGGAUAUAUUACUUCCUUUCAACCUCAUUUCCUUUCUUAUAUAUAGCUCCCAAAUGAAGACAUCUCUUUGUCCAAGUUAAUUUAGUCAUUCUCUUUACAUGUAUUCAAUGCUGGGAUGAAAUACAUAAUUAAAGGCAGGUGAAAGCAA